AUGUCAAUCAAUCAACCAUCGAGCUCAACGCCAUCUCUUUCGCAAAAUUACUCCUCGCCGUAUUCACGAAAUUCAGACAGCAAUGGAACGGUAAAUACACCUUUAAGACCUAUAAAAAGUGAAAGUGGAUUUGAGUUUCCUGCAAUAUGGAGUUUCCCACCUUUCUUCACACUUCAACCUAAUCCUUCUACGCUAUCACAUCAACUCGAACUUUGGAGAACGCUUGUGUUAAAAUGGGCCAAACAUGAACGGGUCUAUGAAGUCAAUGUUGAUGGAGAAGUAGGAGGAGUUUUUGACAACAAGAAGAUAAAACGUCAAUUAUUACCUCCAUCAAUGAAAAGGCUAUUGACGGAAAUGGUUAAGAAUGGUGAAGCAGCUCCUGAUCCUCCAAAACAAGAUACCAAAUAUUUGCUGUACUGGAGGAAACCUGAUGAAUGGGGAGAUCUAAUAUACACAUGGGUCACGGAAAACGGUCUGAACUCAAGCAUAAUGACUUUUUAUGAGAUUACAGAUGGAGAUUUAUCGCAUGUGACUGAGUUCUACGAGCUUCCAACACCCCUACUGCGUAAAGCACUGGAAAGUCUAGUGAAACGAGGUAAAGCUCAACUGCUGGAAGGAAAGGGAGAAAUAGGCGAAGGUGUACGAUUCUUAUAA